GAAUAUGAACCUCCAAAUUAUUUAAUUACAUUACAGUCCAUACUUUUUGGAUUACUAAGCGGCUGGGAGCACCAUGUUGACCUCCUGACUUAUUCUACUGCUUCACGCAUACAACCGUAAUCAGAUAAAAGUUCCUGCCACUCAAGACGGAAAGAGCUAUUAAGUCAACGACUGCUGACCAAUAGCAAUGGACAAUCACUUACCUCCAACUCCAUCACUGUACGAAAUUUAAAAAUAACGGUCGGUAAACACCAAAAUUCCCAAAUUGUUCCUGGUAACACAUAUGUAUGAUAAGCUCAACAAGACCAUUGCUCAAAAUCUACAACGAAGUUGGUCUACGAAAAGCUUCUCAUAGUAACUAAUAGUGUUUUCUCUGCUCGAAAAACAUGCCAUCUCAUUGUUCGGCAACAUUACAAAAACGUUGUCAAAAGCCUUGCGAAAAUGUUGCAUAUUUCAUAUAAUAAAAGACUAGAAAAAUCCAAUUUGUUGUAACAAUUAAAGUUUCGAACAACUGUUUUGACGAACUUGUUGACACAGAUAAAAAAAACGGAGAAAAAAACGCUGUCCAAAAAUUCUAAUGACGUUUGGAAAAAUAUUUAUGAAAACAUCAAGAAAAUUAUACGAUAUUGUAUAUUUGAACGUACAAUUUUUGAUCCCUUAAUGGCUAAAGCUACCACUAUAAAGGAUGCUCUUCGCAUAUGGGAAGAACAGAACAAAAAGGAUCCCAUUUCUGCUAUAGAUAUUGGCUUACAGUUUCAAUAUCCACCAAUUGAAAAAAUGGAUGCCACACUUAAUACUCUUGUCAACUGUCGAAAACUCAGCCUUUCUUCCAAUAUGAUUGAAAAAAUAGUUGGCAUUAAUCAGCUUAAAAAUCUUCGUGUACUUUCAUUGGCUAGAAAUAAUUUAAAAACCAUUAAUGGUAUUGAAGCACUUGGAGACACAUUGGAAGAGUUUUGGGUUAGUUACAAUAUCAUUGAAAAAAUAAAACCCAUUGAGUCGAUGAAAGCACUACGAGUAUUUUACAUCUCACAUAAUCUUAUUAAAGACUGGGCAGAGUUUAAUCGCAUGGCAGCCGCACCUAAGUUGGAAGAAAUUUCAUUUCUUGGCAACCUACUCAACGAAAAUAUGGAUGAAUUGGCCUUUCGAAGCGAAGCAAUACGGCGUUUGCCGCUAAUUAAGAAACUGGAUGGUGAACCGGUCAUAAGGGGCGAUUAGUUCAAAUUUACA